GAUAACCUUACGAAGCGACGUCCUAUAAAAUUCAAGUAAAUUCAACCUGAUCCCUCAUCUUCCGCCAGUUGAUCAACGACCGCAACCGUGGCUCGACUCUUCCUCGCUCUAUCCGUCCUCGUCCUCUCAGUUCUCCUGGCUCUCUUCUACUCGCCCUCCACGCUCCGCUCCGUCCUCCGUCGCGUACCCUCAAACCUCGCCAAGACCGCAUCUUUCAGUACUUCGUCCAUCACCAGAAUGCAAAUCAUCCCCCGCCGCUCCGCAGACCGCGGCCACGCCGACCACGACUGGCUAAAAUCCUACCACACAUUCUCCUUCGCUUCCUACUUCGACCACGCCUUCACCGGCUUCUCCUCUCUCCGCGUCAUCAAUGAAGACCGCGUCCACCCAAGCACAGGCUUCGGCACGCACUCUCAUCGCGAAUACGAGAUUUUCUCAUACAUCAUCGACGGCGAACUCCAACACAAAGACUCGAUGGGGAAUGUGGAGAUUUUGAAGAGAGGUGAUGUACAGUUCACGAGUACGGGGACUGGGAUCGCGCAUUCGGAGUAUAACAUCAACCGUACCCAUCCCGUACAUUUCUUGCAGAUCUGGGCAAAGCCGAGUGAGAGUGGACUUCAACCUUCAUACUACACGGAGACAUUCUCGGAUGAGGCGAAGAAGGCGGGGUUGGUGAGGUUGAUCGCGCCGAGUGGGAAGACGGGAAAGGGUGAGAUUCCCAUCGUGCAGGAUUUCUAUAUGUAUGCUUCGAUCCUUGGUCCUGAUGCGGUGAGGACGCAUGUGUUGCAGGGUGAGGAGGGGAAGGAGAGGAAGGCGUAUGUUCAUGUUACUAUGCGCUCUGGCUAUGUUACGCCCAAGGAGGGCAAUGUCGAUGGUGGAGCGAUGGUUAGGGUGAAUGGUGAUGUUGUCCUCAAGGAGGGCGAUGGUGCUUUCAUCGUUGGAAAGGCGGGUGAGAAGAUCGAGUUGGCUACCCUUGGCGCCGCCGGAAAGGAUGCCGAGAUCGUGUUGUUUGAUUUGGCAUAAUUGAUAUCAACACCCACGAUACACGAAAUAUAACAUACACCCACUAAUACUAACACGUACACUCCAAUAUAUCGUACACCUCCCUUUCCAAUCAUCUUACACUCACUUAAGCAACAGCCCUCCAAGCCUUAGCCAACUGCCCAACCGCCGCCACUGUCCCAAACAACCCCACCCCCUCAUCCCCC